CAAGACAGCCCCCAGCGCGUCGAGUCGAGACCUCGAGUGCCCUCUCCGCCUAUAAAACCGAACCCUAGCCCGGUGUCCGUGUUCAAUCUCCUUGCCCGUUCGUGUCUGUCUCUGUUCAUUCGUUCCCCACCUCGCCCUCGAGCCGUCUCGCUAGGGUUUCGCCGCCGCCGCCGCCGCCGCCGCCAUGCCUCGCCGCAGCUCAGGAAGGUCUGCCCCACGCCCGGCUCCACGUGCUGCUCCAGUGAGGAACCCACCACAGCCAGCACGCCAGGCUCCUCCUCCAGCUCCUGUUCGGGAUGGUGGUGGCUCCAUUCUUGGAGGAAUUGGGUCCACCAUUGCUCAAGGUAUGGCAUUUGGUACUGGUAGUGCCAUGGCGCACAGGGCUGUUGAUGCUGUAAUGGGUCCCCGGACCAUUCAGCAUGAGACUGUUGUCUCAGAGGCGGCUGCUGCUGCCCCCGCUGCUCCAGCGAUGAACACUGAUGCUUGUGGCAUCCAUUCUAAGGCCUUCCAAGAUUGUCUCAACAACUAUGGCAGCGACAUCAGCAAGUGCCAGUUCUACCUUGACAUGCUGAACGAGUGCCGCCGUGGUGGUGUGUCUGCCUAAGCACCUCUAUUGGGACUACUCAUGGGUUUUCUUUUAACUCUCAUGGUAUCUCAUUAAUAAGACACCGUGAAACUUGAACCAUCUGCUUGAAACGUAUGUACCGUGACAUCACUGGUCCAUCUUGUUGAAGCUAUGGUUAUACCGUCUUUCCUGGGAGUGGUACAUUCUGUUAUCCCGUAUUGUUGGAACAGACAUCUGUAUCUGUGUCUCUGGUGAUCAUAAAUAUUUGAAUGAACCAGUUAUGUUGGAA